UCAAAGUCUUUCUGUCUGACUUUCAGUGUCAGUCUUCGAUCUGGUCCGAGUUCCAAGAGGAGUUUUGAUGGUGGUCAUGUCCAUGGUCCCCGUUUGAUUUCAGACUGUUUUCGACGUGAGCCGAUGCGAUCGAUCGGGUCAAAAGCGUCGAGUUCCAUCCACAGUCGCGACAUUUUUGCAGGAGAGUCGACUCGCCAUCUGGCUGAGCGUCCUGGUUUCGCGUGAAUUCCUCAUACAAGAUGGCCAUUCAGAUCUAUGGAUACGCCGGAUCUACUUGCUGCGGACGAGUUCUGCUGACUCUGUUCGAGAAGAAUGUCGACGACUACAAAAUUUCCCAUGUCGACCUGUACAAGCGGGAGCACAAGAGCCCCGAGUUCCUGAAGCACCAGCCUUUCGGUGAAACCCCGUACGUAAUCGACGGAGACUUGACUCUUUUCGAAUCUCGCGCCAUCGCCAGGACAUAUGCACGCAAAUAUGCGGACCGGGGCACGGCUCUGUACGGGUCGAGCCCACAGGAAGAAGCGCUGGUCGAACAAUGGUUGGAGGUCGAGGCCCAACAUUACGACUCAGCAAUCUCGAAAAUCGUCUACAAUCUGCUCUUCUAUCCCAAGUUCGGCUUGCCCUGCGACCAUGGUGUCGUGGCCGAGCAGAUGGCCAAGUUCGAGGCUGUUUUGGAUGUGUACGAGAAGAGACUGUCCGAGAGCAAGUACUUGGCUGGCGAUUUCUUCAGCCUCGCUGAUCUGUCCCACAUCACCUACACUUACUACUUCAUCGAGAUUGCCCACAGAGGAGCCGUCUUCGACUCCCGCCCUCACGUCAAGGCAUGGAUCGCUGACCUCUUUGCUCGCCCGACUACCCAGAAGUGGUUGAAGCUGGGAGGACAUAUCCCAUGAGUAUCCAUCGAGGUCCACGUGAAUUACAGUUCAUUGAUGAUUCAGAUUCCAAUCAGUGGAGAAAUGAGACGUGAAACACACUCUUUAAUUUAGUAUCCAGUUCACUGGGUUGAACAAGUUGUAAGAACUAGAAGAGUCGUGCACUCACUCGGAUUCGAACGCAAUGCUUCUUUCAUCGGGAUAUUUCCAGGGCAUGGUUGCAGGUAAGCUUCAUGCACGAUGCUUCAUGGAUUUGCUGCGUGCGGUAGGAACUCUGGACUUUCAGCACGCCUCUUGAACCCGCUAACUACAAGCUGUAUUGUCAAGUGAUUCCUCGCUCUCCCCUGUAUUCUUCAGAAUGGCGUGAAUAUGUCAUUGAUAAGUUUCCUUACAUUCUAGUGCUUAUCUGCAACCUUGAGACUCAGAUUACAAAGUUGCACUCGAAUUGUGCAUGCUGAGUUCUAAAGCAUAUUGUUCGAAGUUAUUAUUCCCUGUAAAGAAUAUAUACUUACAUGAUUAAAUAUUUGCAUGUGUGGUGUUCAUCUCACAUCAUCAUACAUCUGAUAGC